AUGCCUCUCAAGGAUACAAUCUCCUCGCCCCUCGAAGCCGGCCCCUCCCUCCUCGAUGCGCACCACAUCCCGCCGCAGCUCGUCCCAGCCCUCGAAUAUACAUCUUCCCGCCUCGCCCGCAAGUCCCUGCACCUGACGCUCGUCGUCGCCCGCCGCGACUACCAGCUUCCGCCCUCGCCCGUCCUCUGCUCCCAGCCGCCCUCACCGCCGUCGACCUGCGGCUCCCCGGCCUCGCCCUCGCGGAGCCGCUCCUUUACCCGGCAUUUACACCUCCCGCGAUGGGGCCGCCGCCGUCACCACGACCACCAGCCAUCCCCCUCUCCCGCCUCUCCCUCCUCCUCCUCCGCCGCCUCGUCUAUGCCGACCUCGCCCCGAUCCAUCUUCUCCUUGCCAGCCUACACGCCCAUUUCGCCCCAAUUCCCACGAUCCCAGCAGGGCUCAAUGUCGCCAAAGUCGCCCAUAUGGCCCCUCACACCAAUGACGCCGCUCUCGCCGCCGCUGCCCCCGACACCAUCCACCAUGAAAUCCUCCGUCCCGACCGAGGGCUCCUCCUCGUACGGCUUCCCCAUGACGCCGCAGCACGGCGUGCGUCUCAUCCACCACGGCAACCUGCCGGCCAAGGCCGAAAGGACGCUGCAGUCGGCCCUCGCCAAAGCCGGCCGCAAGUCGGGCGGCGACGGACGCACGCACAUUGCGCCCGCGCUCGGCGCGCCCGCCUGCGGCCUCAGCAGCGCGCUCUUCAACGACUCGGUGGCCCAAAACGACGUGCUCUUCUCUUCCGACGGCCUCUCGCUCAUUGCGCUGGACCGCCUGUACAGCCUCAAGGCCGCGCUGUCGAGCUACUCCAAGACGGGCUCCCCGCUGCGGCUCGAGGACGCCGUCGACGAGCUGCGCCGCUACGUGCUGGCGACGGGCGGCAAGGUGUCCAAGAUGCACCUGCUGCGCUCGUACGACUGGCUCAGCGUGUCGCGCUCGGCGCUGGCGGACCUCGACCGCAUGUACCGCCGGGCGUACGGGGGCGUCGAGAUGCAGGGCGGCAUCGACGGCAUGUACUUUGCGCCGGUUCCCGAAACGACGUCGUCGGUGUGGUCCGACGACGAAGAAGAUGACAACGAAGACGAAGAGGAUGACGACGACGACGAGAUGGGCCGGGAGGAAGCGUACAAUGACCAGGACAGCGGCGUCUACGUCGAAGGGCUACCGGACAGCCCGACCAUUGACCCGGCCAUGGUGGGCAUGUCCGACAGCGCCACGCCCGUGCCCACGCAGCCAAAGCCCUCCUCCUCCGCCUCCGCCUCCGCCUCCUCUCGCAAGACGCCCCCGCUGCGGGUGCAAACGAGCAUGAUCCACACGCCCGCGCAUCAAACGGUCGACAAGACGCACGCCAUUGACGAGAGGCAAAUCGCAACACCGAUAGUGCUACAAGAAGAAGAAGUAGAAGAAGAAGAAGAAGCUGAUGCGGUGGCAACGGCGCGGCCUGACGACGAAUCGGGCCUCGCAGCCGUAGCGAGGGACCAGCUGUGGUGCAGCACGCAGUCGGCAUCGAUUGACGAGAUCCUCAGCCCGGGGGCGGAUCCGGAAACCCCCGCGCGGGAUCGAGACGACGUCGACGACGGUCCCAUGACGCCCAACGGCUACGACGACAUUUCGCCCAUAACAAGAGGCGAGUGGGGGUUCCUGCUGGUGGAUCGAGACUUUCGAAAUGCAAGGACCGUGGCUGUGACGACAUGUUGA